GCGGGUCUGCAUACUUCCCCGACUUUCGCGCGAUGCUGCACUAGUGAGGAUUCUCGGAUGCAACCGUCGCGGCACUAAAGACCGUGCAGAUAAAAGAAGCAGAAAAAAGGGACACUUUUCUUAUUCCCGGCAGUUUCCCCGGGGAAGAUAUCGCGUGUAAUCAUGUGUUCGCCCACGUCGCUCAUCUUUUCGGCGCUGCUCCUCGCCAACUUCGUCCAACGUCACUCUGGGCUGACGUCUCACUCGCUGCGGCACCACGGGUCACCGCACGCGACCCCCAGCGACGCGGACAACCGGCCUGAGCUGGUGGUGCGGCUGCACGAGGAGGUCGUCCUGGCGUGCGACUCGAACCGCGUGCUCGCCUGGAAGCACAACGGCAAAAGUGUGCAGCACAGUGCUGCCUACCGAGUGACCUCCAACACCCUGCGCAUCAUGAAGGUCACGUCGCAGGACGAGGGGCCGUGGCAGUGCGAGGAGCUCGACUCCAAAUCCAGGGUCCUCGUCGCCACCAGGGCCGUCUGGAUUGUAGUCAUGGAAGUGCCGAAGGGCGCCUUCCUGACCAUCGACGGCAAGCGGACGUCUGGGUGGCUCAACUCGAAAGAAGGAGCCCCUCUGAACGGUCGGUGCGUCCUAGACGGAGGCAAACCGGCGCCCACCUCUUACGAGUGGUGGAUCGAAAACUCGGACGGCGAACAGGAGAGCCUAGUGAACGUGUCGUCAGGCGCCGACCUGGUCAUCGACAAGAUUUCCAGGGAGAUGCACAACGGCACCAUCAUCUGCAGCGUCAACCACGUGGCCGUUGAGAACCCUAUCAACGCGUCCACCAAACUCAACAUUACAUAUAGCCCUUCGUUCGCCAUAAGCCGGAUUCCGGGCUUCGGUUUUCCUCUGCGCGAGGGCUUGGCAGUUUCGCUCAAGUGUGAUGUCGAUUCGAACCCGCCCUCCCGGCCCAUCUGGAUGAAAGACGACGGAGAUCCGCCCGUGCAGCAGAGCCCGGACGGCUACCUAAACUUUUCUUCAAUCAGCCGAGACCACAUCGGCUGGUACAAAUGCUCUGCCGAAUACGACUCGAGCACUUACGCUUCAAGUGGCUUGUUCAUCAACGUGAGAUACGAGGAAGUUUUCACCAAGCAGCCGCCACGACAGGUGGAAGUAGCCCUCGGCGGCGGGGUCACCUUGGAUUGUGGCGACAGCGGGGUCAGCACAACUGGGCCCAACUGCUGGGGUCGAUUGAGUGGCAACAGACUGGAGGCUGUCGGAACCGGACCCCAGCUGCGGCUGGACAGCGUUCUUUAUCAAGAGGCGGGCGCCUACAGAUGCGUCGCCCCUGCCAAACCAGACCCCUUGGUGGCUGAGCGGAAAGCUAUGCUCACUCCGCCCCCAGACAUUGAACUCGUUGUCACAGGUCAGCCAGUGGUGUAUCCAAUUAGGAGGAACCUGACAGCCGUGGGCGGAAGCCAGUUGUCACUUUCGGUCGAGUUCUGCGCCAACCCUGAGGCCACGCACGCUUUCUGGUUAACCCCGACCGUGGCCCUGCGACCUGGCCAGGAAGGCGGCGGCUACAUCGCCCAGAACGUCACGGAGGGAGAUUCGGCACACUGCCGGCGAGCCGCGCUGACCAUCCCGGGCGUGUACCUGGAGCACGCUGGCGAGUACCUGUUUGUGGUGCGCAGCCCCCGCGGCAUGGCCGAAGGGAUGGUGCAGCUGAACGUGACUCGCGGCGCCAGUUUUUACAGCACAAAGCGCUCGUGGGCAAACAGCCACUCAAAAACGGUGGUCGUCGUGCCCAAACCGCCGCCCAGCGUCGACGAAAACAUCCAGGACGAGCCGAGGAGCCUCGACGAGGGCAACACCGAGGGCUCUUUGCUGGAGGAGGUGUUCGCAGCCGCCGCCGCCGGACACACGACCCUGGCAGGGACGACCCUUUUGGUGCUAGUGGCGGUUUGUGCGGCCAACACGGUCUAGAGGUCAAGCAGCGAGCCGAAUCAAAAUUUUGUACUGCAGCGCUCCGUUUGUUACUGGCCUAAUUGUUAAGAUUGCUGACUUUCUAAAUGUGAUAUUACUUGUAAAUUUUGGCCGGAAUGACAAAAACAUAAGCGAGAAGAUUAAAGCAGUUUCGUCCAGUUUUAUGGUGCAUUAGUUAGAAAAAUUAAGGUAUGCAAAGGCUGGAGAUUGAUGAGGAGAAUUGGGGCAAGUUUUUCAUAAAUAAACUGCUUUAGGAGGAAAAGAUCCAGCAUUUAAAAUUUUAUAAAUGUAAAAUUACAUAUUAUGUACUUUCAAAUCUUUAAAAUAAAUCUGGUCUAAUAUUAAAUUUUUGUUAUUAAUGUAAUUUUUUCAUAAAAAUUUUAUUAAAUGUUUGAUAUAUCAAAGUUCGCGCAUAGAAACAAUGACACCAAAGAUUUGGUUCCCGCGAUGAAACGUACUUUGAUUGUUGUACCUAAUCAGAAUGCUUGUCAACAAACAAAAUUGUUCUGAUUGUUGAGUUUUGCAUAAAAUUUUUUGCGUUCUGGACAAAUUUUUUAUUUCAUUGGGCUUUUCCUCUAAUCAACCCUUUGCAAGCCAGAGGCAGUUAAUUAAUAAAAAUUAAAAAUUUCUUGCAAAAAAAAUUAAACUGGCUUAAAAUUAAAACAUUAUGAGAGAAAAUAGCUCUUUGAACAAAAUAAAAUGUGUAAUUACUAUUAGUUGUUGCUUGUUGUAUAAUAAAGAAAAACUCAUUUGUCUAUGUGUGUGUUUGUGGACGGAUAAAAGAAAAAUGUGUAGCAGCAGAGAGCUCUUAUUUCAUGUGGUUGCACUUUAUACUUUAUGUGAGGCUGCUAUCUGCCAAGCCAGUGUUUAACUUUCAUAAAUCCUUUCCUCUUUCUCUCUCUCGCUUGGUCUCUUUUUCCCUGGCCGCCGCUACCGCAGCCGCGCUGCUAUAAAGCUGCAAAGCCAAAUAAAAGAUUUGCAUACAUACGGCGGCCGCACCCGUUUCAUACUCAAAAUCCAACAAGUGUUAUUUGUAUAGUUUUUUUUCGGUUGGAAAUAAAGAUUAUGUGAAUGUGAUGUGACUAUUAUAUCUCUCGAGCACAAACUAACUUUAAAAAAUGUAUACUGAAACAAUUAGUGUGUAUAAUAAUUAGUCUUCAAAUAACUUAAAGCUUUAUUUAUUAUUCUCUUUUCCCAUCAGGAAUUAUGAAAAUGAAGUAUUAAUUAUUUCUUUGCUUAUGAUAAAAAUGUUCUUAAGUUCGAGGAGAGAUCUUUUGUGCACAAUUUAGGAAUGUGUA